AUUUCCUUUUUUUUAUUAUUACAGAAUCAAUCGAAGACUCCGAAAAUUGAAGUCAAAAGAAGAAACGAGAGAAGAGAAACAUGGGUUGGAUAGGAGAUUCAGUAAAUUCGAUCAAAUCCAUUCAGAUCAGACAACUAUUAACACAAGUCAUCACUCUUGGUAUAAUUGUAUCAUCAGCGUUGAUCAUAUGGAAAACAUUGUUGUGUGUUACUGGGAGUGAAUCUCCUGUUGUUGUUGUUCUCUCUGGGAGUAUGGAACCUGGCUUCAAAAGGGGUGAUAUUUUGUUCUUACACAUGAACGACGCUCCCAUUCGUGCUGGCGAAAUCGUUGUGUUUAAUGUCGAUGGACGUCAAAUUCCAAUUGUCCAUCGAGUAAUCAAGGUUCAUGAAAGGCGGGAUACUGGAGAAGUUGAUGUCCUCACAAAAGGGGAUAAUAAUCGUCAGCAUGACAGGAUGUUGUAUGCUCGAGGUCAGCAAUGGCUUAAUCGGCAUCACAUUGUGGGAAGAGCUGUGGGCUUCCUACCAUACGUUGGGUGGGUGACAAUCAUAAUGACUGAGAAUCCUAUCAUCAAGUAUGUUCUAAUUGGUGCCUUGGGGUUGUUGAUCAUAACAUCCAAGGAUUAAGCAGAAUGAAAUUUGAAUUCUUGGGAGUCUACAUACGGUUGAUAUGCUUGAAGCUUUGACCUGCUAUUUCUUAAUCUACAGUCCCCCCUUCAUUUACUUUCUCUUAUAACAUCAUUGUACAACAGAUGAAAACGCAAAUUUUUUGAAAAAAAUUAUGGUUAAAAUAUAUGAAUUAGCUUUACCGAGUUUCGUUGGAAUCUCAGUUUCAAUUGUUUA